CCCGUGCCCGUCCCACCAAACCACCAUUCAGGAGAAUAUGGGCGGCGGCUAGAGCGUAAAGUAUGUUGAUGAACGACCCACAUUAUCUCUUUAUCUGCCGGCUAACUAUUUUGAGGCUGUCAUUUAUUUCGCCGACCGCCUCUGUCCUGUGAUCCGGGCUGAAGGAAGCCCCCCCCCCCACCGCCGCUUACACACAGCGUGCUUUCCACAGAGUGUUCGUGUAGGUGCCUGCUUGUUGUCUUCAUUUGUUUCACACUCACUUGUUGAAGACCAGAGGGGAACCGAUCGAAACGUACGCAGUGGAGAAUGCUGGAGCCUCAGUCGCCAAGCCCCCGCCGCAGCAUCAAGCUCCAGGCCGACGCAUAAGCACGCCGUCCGUCCGUCCGUCCCUCCGUCCGUCCGUCACCAUGGAAACCAAGAAGCACAGCAUGCUGAGCAGCCUCCGGAACAAGACCCGCCCGCUCAUCUCCCACCUGCGGCGGCCGCGCCACGGCGACAAGCGCGCCCUGAGCGCCUCCAACCCCAACGUCUCCGUCGUCGACGGCCCCGCCGCGGGCCCCCAGCCCCCGGAGCAGCACUCCCCGGUGUGGAGCCACAGCAGCCCCACCUCCAGCGACGCCGCCAGUCCGCUCAGCCUGCACCCCGACCAGGACCGGCCCGCCGAGCACCGCCUGCACCCCUCCGGCGGCGGCGGCGGCCCCCUGGCCCUGGGUGGCGGGGCGGCGGCCACGGGGCGAGGCGGACCGGGGGAGAGGGAGGAGGGAGAGGAGGCCGAGGAAGAGGGAGGUGGAGGGGGCACGGAGAACAGGCGUACCCCCGAUGGGGAUGGACACCGGGACAGCCCGUUGUCAUGGCCGCAGAACGAGGAGGACCAACAGAUGUUCCGGGAUGUUGAGGAACAGCCGGGUGAAAUGGCGUCGGGUUCCCCCAGCUACUACAGCUCCUUCCUGCUGACCAUCAUCCUGAAGGAGGGUCGCAACCUGGUCAUCAGAGACCGCUGUGGGACCAGCGACCCGUAUGUGAAGUUCAAGCUGGAGGGGAAGACCUUCUACAAGAGCAGGGUGAUCUACAAGAACCUGAACCCCGUGUGGAACGAGUCAUUCGUCCUGCCCAUCAAAGAACUGGAGCAGGUCCUCCACGUCAACGUGUACGACCGCGACCUGACCUCGGACGACUUCAUGGGCUCGGCCGACGUCCUCCUGAGUGAACUUGAGAUGAACAAGGACAACGAGCUGAGCCUGGCCCUGGACGACCCCAACAGCCUGGAGGCCGACAUGGGAAACCUCCUGCUGGACAUGAGGCUCUCCCCGCGGGACCCCGACGGCGUCUCCUCGUCUCGCUGGCCUCACAAACGAAAGAACAACUCUUUGUCUAAUAAGCCUCACAACGCGCGUCUGGCCGAGGUGCUGAGGAAGGGCCAGCUGUGGACCAGCGUGGUGGUGGUGACCCUGGUGGGGGCCUGGGGCCUGGAGGUGGACAGUCCCGGGGACCUGUUCGUCCGCCUCCGGCUCGGAGACCAGAGGCACAAGAGCAAGAACCACUUCAAAGCGGCCAAUCCUCAGUGGAGGGAGAGGUUCAGCUUCAACCAGUUUACUGACGCAACGGGGAUCCUGGAGGUGGAGCUGUGCACCAAACUGGGAACCCGCAACCAUGAGAUACUGAUAGGGUUUGAGGUGGACAUCUCCAGCCUACCCAUGAACAAGAACCAGCAGUUCAGAGCGGAGCUGGGCCAGAGCGGCGGCUACAUGCUGCUCCUGGUGACCCAGAGCGUGUGCAGCGGCGUGUCCAUCUGCGACCUGGCCGCCGCGCCCCUCGCCGCCGGGGAGCAGAGGGAGAACCAGCUGGAGAAAUACAGGCUGGCGAAGUCCUUUGAGAACCUAGGAGACAUUGGUUAUCUCCAGGUGAAGAUCCUCAAGGCCACAGAUCUCCUAGCUGCAGAUCUCAACGGAAAGAGCGAUCCGUUCUGCGUUCUGCAGCUGGGGAACGACCGGCUGCAGACCCACACCAUCUACAAGACCCUGAAUCCUGAGUGGAAUGAAGUCUUCACCUUUCCCAUCAAGGACGUCCACGAAGUUCUGGAGGUGACUAUCUUCGAUGAGGACGGAGACAAGGCACCCGACUUCCUGGGGAAAACUGCCAUACCCCUCCUGAUGGCCCCCAACAGGCAGCAGAUCACCCUGCCCCUGAAGAAGGAGAACCUGGGCUCCCUCUCCAAGGGGGUCCUCACCCUGGAGCUGGAGCUGCUGUUCAACCCGGUCCGGGCGAGCGUGAGGACCUUCUCGCCCAAGGAGACGAGGUUCAUCGAGGACAAUCCCAAGUUCUCUAAAAAGAUUCUGGGCCGUAACAUCACGCGCGUGCGGACGCUGAUCCGGGCGGUGCUGUCCACGGGGCGCUACGUCAAGAGCUGCUUCCAGUGGGAGAGCACCCAGAGGAGCAUCACCGCCUUCCUGGUGUUUCUUCUGACGGUCUGGAACUUCAACUUCUGCAUGCUGCCCUUCUUCUUGGUGCUGCUCUUCUCCUGGAACUACUUCCAGAUCUCCUCCGGGCGCGUGGUCCACGACCUGGACAACAUAGACGUGGGAGAUGACGAUGACGAUGAGGAAGCUGAGAAGAAGGGGCUGAUGGAGAAGAUCCACAUGGUGCAGGACACCAUCAUCACCGUGCAGAACUUCCUGGACGAGAUCGCCUGCUUUGGAGAGAGGAUCAAGAAUACUUUCAACUGGUCUGUCCCCUUCCUGUCCAACCUGGCGUUCCUGGUCCUCAUCAUGGUCACCAUCAUCUGCUACUUCAUCCCAAUUCGCUACCUAAUUCUAUUAUGGGGCAUCAAUAAAUUCACCAAGAAGCUACGGAAGCCCCACGCCGUCGAAAACAAUGAGCUGCUAGACUUCCUGUCCAGGGUGCCUUCAGAUGUAGAGAAGGCCCAGUACAGAAGCGUCAGGACCACUGCCAGCCCCCAGCACCACAGCAUACUGAAGAAGAAGAAGACAUCCUAGCCCCUCCUCUGGAGCUGUUUCUGUUGGGGUGCUGGUUCUGUUGGUGAACCCUCCUUCUGGUCCCCCCCAGGGGUCCAGAGAACCCAGGGCUUUCGGGCUCCUCUGGGAAGGUUCUGAAGCACAUGGAUGUUUCUGGAGGCAGAUUGGUUCUCCCGAACAGACAUUGACUUGUGAUUAUGUUACAGGUUUGGGAGCAGAACAUGAGGCCGCUGUAUGAAUGUACAUCUCUAUUUUAUACAAAAGAUUCUUCGGAAAACUCUAUUUUGUUAUUUUUUAACAUUUAUGAUAGCUUCAUGGAACCGAUUCUUACAGCACACGAAUGCGACCAAAGGAAUGUCACUCAACGCCGGAAUCCUGUCUGCAUCGUGUAACUGGAGUUACCGCGCUGGAUAUGUUAUAUACAAUACACAAAAUGUAUAUUUUAAGAAAAACAUCAAGAAUGAUUAGGUGUUUUGUUAGUGUAGAAAGUGUUGGAUUAGGGGGUUGUAAAUUAAGUAUUUGUAUGUCUCUACACUAGCAUCCUUGCAGCCCCACUACAUUCUUCUCCUGAGAGACAGAGUUUGAUCUUAAGAAUGAAAUUAGAAGAACUUCUCCGAAUGAGAACGACUUACUCAGUCUGAUUCUAUUCCAGCGACUGUCUCAUAUGCAAGAUGCCCGUCCGCCAUGCUUUGUAUUCUACCUUCGCGCUAGCAACGUAGCACGAGAGCUUCUGGAGGAACAUUAUAUUUAUUCAUAUCCUUCUUGUGAUCACCAUUUCUAAAGGCAAUAAACAGUUACGAUCA